AUGGCGCCUUUUGAACCAAAGUUCAACAAUGAAGUCCAGCAGAUGAUGUUCGUCGCUGGUGAGACGCAGGAAAUUGCCAACGAAACCGCCGCCCUCGUCGAGCAGAUUGUUCGCGACCAAAUCAUCCACCUGCUGACCAAGGCCAAAGAGCUCGCCACCCGGCGCGGUGAGAAGUUCAUCGCAAUCAGGGAUAUCCUGUUUCAGGUUCGCCAUGACACCGCCCGGAUGACUCGCCUCCAGAAUGUCAUUCGCUGGAAGAGUCUUCGCAGGGAAGCGAGAAAGACAACAAAUGAAAAAGACAAGCCCGAGAAUGAUGCCGAAGAUAGUCUCUCCGACACGGACAACGCGGCUGGAGACGCUGCCAAGACGACUGCUGAGGCUUCCGCUGCUCUCAUGCCCUGGGACGAAGAGUUCAUGUUCGGCAUUCGACCACCCGGCGGCGACGCUGAUACCGUCCAGAUCAGCGAACACACCCGCGAGCGACUUGUCUGGGCCGAUGAGGUAACCAGCAAGAUGUCUGGGGAAGAGUACACCAAAUGGUGCUCCUACCGCAAAGCCUCCUUCCACCGCGCCAAAGAGGCCCGGUUCCGCGAGUGGGCUGGCAUCGGCGUCGUAGCGGAUCUCAGAAAGAAAGACGACGCCAUUGAGAUUCUGGGCUCCAUCGCCGUGGAAAUGGUUAAGCGCCUGACCGACAUGGCGUUGUCAAUCCAGGCACAGGAGAUCACGACUCAGGGCGGGAAAGAUAAUGAGGCGGCGGCGGCCCUUUUGGCUAGAAGACAGGGCCUGUUCCUCAUGUCGAACCCGCAGCGACCAGCUGUUGAUGCUGGGUAUAUUCGAAAAGCGUUUGAGAUGACGCAGAUGAAGCCGAAGCGACGGGAAUAUCAGCUGAACCGGGCUGUUGGGCCGAAGCCGUUGGAGCUGAUCUAG